UCUCAGUGACCGAAUACCGGGAACGCUUGACAAGGAGACGAUCGACAGCCGGACUAGCAGCGAUAAAGCUUGUGAGUAGUGGAGCCAUCGUUGCGCUGCGACGUCACUCAUCGCACUACCACAGGCUCUCUCUCCAUCCCUGUUUAUUUGUAAAGGUGCCCUUACUUGAUGUAAUCAUCAAAUCUUCUAUUCUGUUCCCAACAACAUUUGUAUGGGAAUAAAGGAGUGUGAGGUGAUAUACGACGGUCGUUUUGGUCUCAAAUGAACCCUUUUCAAUCGCUUUACACCACACGGUCUUCAUCUCUUACCCAAGAAACACGCGUGAAACCCAUUGACAGCGCGUCAUGGAGGUCUCUGGUACCUCCCGUCUCGUAGGACGAGCCAUCGCGAAACUCGGAAGAUCGAAUGCAUAUCGGUUGGACGUGUCGCGUGCUCGUCUCCCUCGACGAUAUGCGUCCUCAACCACUACCCGUCGAUUACAUCAAGGACCCUCGUUGAAACCAUACGAUGGACGGCUUGGAUCAACCGUCCGACUCUCUCCAUCACACUCACCAUUUCUCCUCAUCCGAAGAACGGCAUCUACCAAAGAAACUCCCUCCAAAGAUGUCCCAGCCGAAGAUGCUGCCGCCAAAGCAGCUACCGCCAAAGAACCCCCUACCAAACGCCCCCUCUCCCGCUUCUUCUACCGCUCCGUCUUCUACAUCGGCUUCCUCGUCGCCAGCGGCGGCGCCCUCGUCCUCGGCUUCUUCAUCUUCGAUGCGACCACCUACCGCAUGACGCCGCAAACCAGCGAAUGCCCCGUCUCGACGCUCGCACUCAACCCACGCAUCGGCGGCCCGAAGAACCUCCCCAUCGCCGAGCACCUGCUCGACGACGACGACUCGCCAGAGAAGCGCAACCAGAAGCACAAGCCGAAGCUGGUGAUCUUGGGGACGGGGUGGGGGAGCAUCGCGCUGCUGAAGAACUUGAAUCCGGACGAGUACCACGUCGUGGUGGUGAGUCCAUCGAAUCAUUUUCUGUUCACGCCGAUGUUGCCGAGCGCGACGGUGGGGACGCUGGGGUUGCAGAGCUUGGUGGAGCCGGUGCGGAGGAUUGUGGCGAGGGUGCAUGGGCAUUUCAUGAAGGGGAUGGCUGUAGAUGUGGAUUUCAGCGCAAAGUUCGUGGAGAUCGAGGGGGAUGCGGUGGGGAAGGAUGGGAAGAGGGAGCGGUUUUACUUGCCGUACGAUAAGCUGGUGGUUGGCGUUGGGUCCGUCACGAAUCCGCAUGGUGUUCCAGGUCUCGAACAUUGUCAUUUCCUUAAGGAUGUGAGCGAUGCGAGACGGGUUCGCAAUGCUGUGAUCAAGAACCUCGAAGAUGCCUGCCUGCCAACCACAUCCGACGAGGAGCGAAAACGGCUCCUCUCCUUCGUCGUCUGCGGCGGCGGUCCGACCGGCGUGGAGUUCGCCGCCGAGCUCUACGAUCUACUAAACGAGGACCUCUCCCACUUCUUCCCCCGCCUCCUCCGCAAUGAGAUCUCCGUGCACAUCAUCCAAUCCCGCGGCCACAUUCUCAACACCUACGACGAAGCGCUCUCCAAGUACGCGGAGCAGCGAUUCAAGCACGAUAGCAUCGACGUGCAGACCAAUUCCCGCGUCAAGGAAGUCUUCUCCGACCGCAUCCACUUCACCCAGAUCGGUGGCAACGGCGAGGUGGUCGUCAAGGAAAUCCCCAUGGGCUUCUGCCUCUGGUCCACCGGCGUCUCCCAAACCGCCCUCUCCCGCUCCCUCGCUGCGAAGCUUUCCGAUCAGAAAAACCGCCACGCCCUCGAAACUGACGCGCACUGCCGCAUCAUCGGCACGCCCUUGGGUGACGUCUACGCCAUUGGCGACUGCGCCACCGUGCAGAACAAUGUAUCGGAGCACAUCGUAUCGUUCCUGCGCACCGUCGCCUGGGAAAAGGGCCAGGAUCCCGAGAAAGUACAACUCACGUACAGCGAAUGGCGACAGGUGGCCACCCGCGUGAAGCAGCGCUUCCCCCAGGCGGCCGACCACCUCCGCCGGCUCGACAAGCUGUUCAACCAGUACGACCAGGACCGAUCGGGUACGCUGGACUUCGGCGAGGUGUAUGAGCUGCUGAGGCAGAUCGACGCGAAGCUGACGAGUCUGCCGGCAACGGCGCAGCGCGCGCACCAGCAGGGGCAGUACCUAGCGCGGAAGUUCAACAAGAUGGCGCAGAUGGCGCCGGGGAUGGGGGUGAAUCAGGUGGAGUACGGGGAUCUGGACCAGGCGGUGUACAAGCCGUUCGCGUAUCGGCAUCUGGGCAGCUUGGCGUACAUCGGGAACGCGGCGAUUUUCGAUUGGGGGGGUGGGAUGAGUUUUGGAGGAGGGUUGAUGGCGGUGUAUCUUUGGAGGAGCAUUUACUUUGCGCAGAGCGUUAGUUUGAGGACGCGGUUGAUGUUGGCAAUGGAUUGGGCGAAGAGGGCCAUCUUUGGUCGAGACAUGAUGAACUUCUAGAGCAGGCGAUCGAAUUGUCAGCAAGUGAAGUAUGUAAUAGUUAUAAAUGUUAAAUGUACAGCUCAUAUCACCUGUACAUCAUCUAAUGACAAUUGUUUAGACUCG